CCACCAUAUGACCGCAUAUAGCGUUCCGCGUGUGCGAAAGCGAGACACUGCAUCCUGCUUCUGAUUAUCGCAACGGCCACCGAAACCGUUUCCAACGAGGUGCACUUGUUCUGUGUGUGUUUAUACCAUCGUUAGAAGUGCGUAGAGUAGGUUGGUGGUUCGCUUCCCGUCGCGGUCAUCACUAUUUGUGCUGCAGCGUAUUCGUGUGCACUUCUUGAGUGCGAUAAUCAGUAGUACAGUGGCAAAAAGGCAUAUUUGCGUGUUUGUGCGUCGUGGUGGUGAUAAUAAAAGUGCAGCAUCGAUUGUGUUCGAUACCGACCCGUGUGUGUUCUCGGGGGAUUCCUCCCAUCACUAAUGUUCCGUCGACGACGACGUCGUUGGGGCGAGAUCGUGUCGUAGCCCACUGCACCGGGAUAGUGUGGUUUGUGUGUGUGUGUGUUUUUAGUGUGAAAUAAAGAAAGAUCAGUCCAAUCCGAGUCGACCAUCCAGUCAGCUAGCCAGCCUUUGAUCCUUUGCGGUCACGAUCGGUGCGCACGCGGCCAAACAACAACAGUCCGUCGUCUGGCAGCCGGACAGCGGGACCGUUACGAUGAACAAGCUGGAGUAUUCGCGGCGCAAUGGAACCCAAAAGAUCCGGAUUACAAUACUCUGCGCCCGCAAUCUGGCCCGGAAAGACUUGUUCCGACUGCCCGAUCCGUUUGCCAAAAUCCUUGUGGAAGGUACGACGCAGGAGUACACGACAGAAAUCUGCAAAGCGUCGCUGGAUCCGCGCUGGAACUCGCACUACGAUCUGUUCCUCGGCAAGAACGAUAACAUCAUCAUUUCGAUCUACAACCAUCGGAAGCUGCACAAGCGGCAAGCCUUUCUCGGCUGCGUGCGGAUAGUGGCCGCCAGCAUUCAGCAUCUGCGUGAUACUGGAUAUCAACGGCUAGAGCUGGUGAAACGUUCGCAGGAUGAUCCGGAUCCAGUCAAGGGACAGAUCAUUGUGUCGCUAAUGUCGCGGGACAUUGCAACCGGUGGAACGCCGCUCGCAAUCGUAAGCCCGGCCGGCGAUGUGCGCGUACCGGACGAUGACGAUGCGACGGACGAUACGCUCAUCGUCGAGCAGCAGCAGCAGCAGCAGCAGCAGCAGUUGCCCCAGGGCUGGGAGGAACGGUCGACACAGAAUGGGCGUACGUACUACGUGAACCAUUACACCAAGACGACACAGUGGCCCCGGCCAACGGAACCGGCCGGUCCGACCGUUCGCCAGCAGUUGGUGAACAGUGCUGGCAUCACCACUAGCCCCUUGACCGCCAACGGGAAUGUGAACGGGGGAGGUGGUGGUCCUCCACAGCAGCAGCAGCAGCAGCACAUUCUCGGCAGUCCGACCCACAACAACAACAACAACAACAGCAACCACAACACUGCCAAUGGGGAGGAAUCGGGCUGUCCCACGAUACCGGCCGGUCCGUCCAAGUCAGCCACCAACAACAGCAUCAAUAGUAUUCAGUCGAACGAUUCUGGCAGCCGGCGGCAUUCGGCCGAGAUACUGGUCAGCUCGAACAAUAAGGAAAACUGCAUCAAUCAACAGCACCACCAGCAGCAGCAGCAGCACCAUCAUAAUGGGAAGGACCAUUCGCGUGCAGGAGGGAAGGACGUGGAUGGUGGUGGACGGGAAGUAGUCGUUAAUGGUGGUGGUGGUACGCCCGCUCACAACCGGCACCGGAACGAGGCGAAAAGUCCAGUUCGCAUACAGGACGAAUCGAUCCUUAUCACGCCCAGCUCCUCCAACACGAGCCCGCUGAGCGAGAUCAACAGUCCGCUAACGUCACCGAAGCAGCAGGACGUUUCACCACGCUCCGGGAACGGUGGAAGGGAACCACAACCAGUCACUGGCAUGACGAACGCCAUCGGGACCCUUUCGAUCGACAACCCGGCAGCAGCAGCAGCAGCAGCAGCAACAGUACCAUCUCAACCCAUCUCCCAGAUCCGAUCGCCACCCGGCACGAACGCCACCAACGGUGGACAGUGUGUGGUGCUGGUGAACGGCAGCGGAGGAGGUGGCGGUGUAACCAAUUUCAGCAGCCCCAACCAUCAGCAUUCGCGCAGCGGCGGUACGGAUUCGAGUGUGCCAGCGUCAAAACCCACCGUGCCUUCCUACUUGCCGCUGAACGCGACCAACAACAGCAGCACGGCCAAUGGAAGUGGCAACGGUAGUAGUGCCACACACAACGGCGUCAGCAAUCAUGGCAAUAGCUCUACCGGGCCUGACACCAUCGGUGGUGGUGGCGGAGGGGGAGGAGGUGGUGGUGGUGGCAGGUCACAGCACCAUCACGGAACACCUACCGGUGUUUCGUCCGGCGAGAGUUGCCAUCGGGAGGGAUCGGCAUCGCGCUACCGGGCUCGCUCGGGACGGCACGCAGAAGAUCCAAGUCGGCGGCGAACUUCACGCGAUAGACCACCAAGGCAAUCGAUGGGUGGUGGUGGUAUGGGUGGACAUCAAACCCGGUCUGGCGCCCCUUUCAUUCGACCAGCAGUCGAUCUUCCUCAUGGUUAUGAAAUUCGAACAACGCAACAGGGACAGGUGUACUUCUACCACAUACCGACGAAGCAGUCCACCUGGCACGAUCCCCGGAUACCGCGCGAUUUCGAUACGCAGAACCUUACGACCGAAACGCUCGGUCCGCUGCCGCACGGCUGGGAGCAGCGGAAAACGGCCUCCGGUCGGGUGUACUUUGUCGAUCACAACAACCGUACGACCCAGUUCACGGACCCCCGGAUAAGCCCACACAUCCUGCAGAUGUUGCGGCGGCAGAACAGUGCGACCGCAUCGCCACCGGCCGUCACGGUCGUCGGCAGCAAUGGAUGCACGUCCGUCGCACUGUCGUCACCGCUGUCCGGCGCUGGUCCGCAAGUGCCGAACGGUGGAUCGGCCCGGCAUGCAGCCCUGGCGGAAGCGGUCAACGCAAUCGCCAAUGGAGACGCGCAUCACCAUUCGCCGAGGGGUGUCGCAACCGUCAGCAACAACAUUCCCGAUCUACCGCAGGGCCUGAUGGACAGUGCCGAUCUGCUGCCGAAGUAUCGGCGCGAUCUGGUCGGCAAGAUACGGGCGCUGCGGCAGGAGCUGCAGCUGCUCCAGCCCCAGUCCGGCCACUGUCGGUUGGAGGUGUCUCGAAAUGAAAUAUUUGAGGAGAGCUAUAGACUGAUCAUGAAGAUGCGUCCCAAAGAUAUGCGCAAACGGUUGAUGGUGAAGUUUAAGGGCGAGGAGGGACUGGACUAUGGUGGGGUGGCCCGCGAAUGGUUGCAUUUGCUGUCGCGCGAAAUGCUCAAUCCACAGUACGGGCUGUUCCAGUACAGCCGGGACGAUCACUAUUCGCUGCAAAUCAAUCCUGACUCGGGCGUAAAUCCAGAACACCUGUCCUACUUUCACUUCGUCGGGCGCAUACUGGGCAUUGCCGUGUUUCACAAUCACGUGCUGGACGGUGGCUUUACCCUGCCGUUCUACAAGCAGCUGCUCAACAAACCGAUCACCCUGUCCGAUAUCGAGGACGUCGAUCCGGAGCUGCACCGUAGCUUAACGUGGAUACUUGAAAACAACAUAACGAACGUUAUCGAUUCGACGUUCAGCGUGGAAAACAACAGCUUCGGUGCGCUGAAGGUGCACGAGCUGAAGCAGAACGGUGGCUCGAUCCCGGUGACCGAGGACAACAAGCGGGAGUACGUGAAGCUGUACGUGAACUAUCGGUUUAUGCGUGGCAUCGAACAGCAAUUUUUAGCUCUCUCUAAAGGAUUCGGUGAGCUGAUCCUUAGCCAUCUGCUGCGACCGUUCGACGAGCGGGAGCUGGAGCUGCUGAUCAGCGGCAUUAGUCAGAUCGACGUGAACGAUUGGAAGGCCAACACACGGCUAAAGCAAUGUACCGCCGACACACCGCAGAUCGUAUGGUUCUGGCAGAUCGUAGAAUCCUACUCACCGGAAAUGCGCGCCCAGCUACUCCAGUUCGUGACCGGGUCCUGUCGCGUGCCGCUGCAAGGAUUCCGUGCCCUGCAAGGUUCCACCGGUGCCGUCGGGCCGCGGCUGUUUACCAUCCACCUGACCGCGGACGUGCCGAUCCAGAACCUGCCGAAAGCGCACACCUGCUUUAACCGGCUCGAUCUACCGAUGUACGAUUCGUACCAGCUAAUGUACGACAAACUGACGCAGGCCGUCGAAGAGACGUGUGGAUUCGCUGUGGAAUAAAGGGGGGGAGGGUGGGGGGUGGGGUAGGUGAAUGCGCGCUGGAAGAGGAGGCGAUGGAUCGCAAAUCGUAUCUGUAUACGGGUGUGUAUGCGAGCGUGUGUGUGUGUGUGUUACAGUUAACAAAAGCAAACGAAACACGGAUUGAAUUGUUUUCCUUUCGACGAUUGGGAAGUUGGGAAGGAAUCGCGCUCAUGAAGGGUGGGGGUGCAGGUGCAGCAAUAACGAAAGGAAAAUUAAUUUACCGUCCAUUGUGCUAUGUUGUUGGUAUGUGUGUAUGUGUUGUGUACCAUUUUAGUACAAUCUAAUCUUACGCUGCUAUAGUUGUGUGCAGAGUUGUUGAUAUUUGGCCGUUCACAACGUUGAUAAACAAAAGGAUGCCAGAGCGAAGAUGUUGUUAUCCCCCCCCCCCCCUCCGAGAUAAAAGGGAGAAAACACACAAACGAUCUUAGGUACGCGUACACGACGAUGACGAAUACGAAGCGUUGGCUAGGAUCGUCUUACUCUCUUACACACACUACAACAAGGCGUUUGUUUUGUUUGCAUUUGACACGUCGGACAGCUGUUUGGUGUUUGUAUAAUGUAUGCGUGCGUGAUAGAGCGAGAGAGCGAGAGAGAGGUUCCUUCGUCCAGAGUAUUGUAAUCGAGUAAACCGUGCCUAACAUCGAGCUUGAGUGUGUGUGUGUUUUAAGCUUUUAACCGAGUCCGGGGGGGUUUUUUUGUUUUACUACACCGAACACUCUUAACACACACACACACACAGACACAACAGGGUCGGAGUUGGAAUUGUCGGAAAGUUUUACUACUACAACAACAAAACAAACAAUACAAACCUAGGACAACAAAGCAAAACAUAAAGCCUAGUGUGUAACACAAUGAUAGAAAUCGUGCUAGAUAGAAUGAGUGAGUGAGAGCGAGAGAGAACGAGAGAGAGAAAGAACGUUUGAGUUGGUUGGUAAGGUAACGAAAGCAAAGAAAGGCGUAGUGUUUGGGAGGCGUAGCAAGCAAAGUAACGAGUGAUAUAAUUAUACACGUAUAUAACUGUAUGUAAUAUGUAAACUAUAUAGAUGUUGUGUGUAGCAAAAACAAAAACAAAACACAAACCGAGAGCAUAUAAGAUAAGGAAGAAAAAAAAAACCACCCCCGAAAGUGGGUUUUGUGUGUAUGUAUUGUAUGUUAUGUAGAGUAGGAGAGAGAGAGAGAGAGAGAGAGAGAGAGAGAGAGAGAAAACGGAUUAAGCUGAAUCAGGAUAAUUGAAAAAGGAAAGCUGCUUCCCAUUAUGCAAAGAUGCGUGAGAAAAGGCACACCCGGUUUAACGAGUGCUUCGUCAAGCUUUAAUGUGAGAUUAUAGUAAAAAAAAGCGGAAGGAAACAGUACAGGAUAGCCGAUGAUGAAUGAUGAAAAUGAUUGUAUUGCCAUUGGAAGAUUUGAAUACACAUAUCGCUGCCCUGGUGGAAAGUGGGGAGUGGGGAAGGGAUGCGGAGGGUCGCUUAUUAAACUGUUUUUUUGUUAUUUAUUCCUGUGUUUCGAUAGAUGAUUUCCUUUCCACUCCUGCUGCCGCGUUGCUGCUUAAAGAGAAGGGGUGGUCUCGUAAAUAGGUUGUUUUGUUUGGUUUUUGCUGGCACAUUAUGUUUAAUGAAGCGCGCCACGAUAAAUUAAAGCCACUAAAGUUCAUUUAAUUAACACUUCAUCUACAGACUGGUACGAGCUAGCAUUUACCUGUUACUACAUGCAUACAAACUAUCCACAAGGCAACUUGAAAUAUUCGAAAAAGCUGUAACACAAGCGCUUUCAUGCAAUUGAGAAAUGCUCAACAAUUUUGUACUGAACUUAAAAGCAUGAAAAUAAAUAUAAAAUCGAAACACACACACACACAUACAAAUCAAACUAGAAGCAGGCCCCAUGUCUAAAGUGUGUAGGCAAAAACAAAAGAAAACAAACAAUCAAAUGGGAAAAAAUAUAUUAGAAAGUUUUACCAACUCUAUGCCUGCUCCUUUUUAAUCAUUGCGACGAUUUUAUAGAAGUAGCAAAAUCGGCGACAAGGAAUAAAAUCUAAAUAGUCAACAGAUAGGUCAGAUAAUACAUUCGGAUGUGUAGCAGCGAUAGUAGACAAAAAUCGAAAACCUAUUAUAGAAAUCGAAACAGGAGCAGGUGUGAAAGGAGUGGAAUGCUAGUAAGAAACAUCAUUUACCUAGUAGCAAAAACCGAAGCUCAUUUAGUUAGUGCAGAUCGAUUAAAAUCGCAACGAAUCAAACGCGAAGUAGCUAAUGCAAAAGGUGUAAAAAAGAAGUUGAAGAAAUUGAAACCCAAUAUAGAUAAAGCGCGCCUCGUCCUCGGUACACGGGACGCGCCUCGUCCUUAGCUAGGGGAUUAGGUUAGAGAGUUUAGGGGGUUUUAACUUAUCGUAGAGGGGGGGGGGGAGGGGGAGGGGGACGAGAUUCCUUCCGUAUUGGCUUUUUACGGCACCGACCGACGUUGAAGGGGGAAAACAGAUCAUAUCAGUACGUUUGUGGAAUGAAUUAGUGGAAGCAAAGCUAACCUCCAUGUUUUCACAUUCAAAACUAACAUGACAAUAGCGGCUACCCCCCCUCGGUUGGUGCGUAACGCAAGUGCGGGAGAACAAGGGGAACAGCAGGGGAAGAAGCGAAAGCGUGUAUUAUUUGUAAAAAAAGAAGGUAAUAAAAUUUUAAAAUUCAGUUCAUCAAUAUUA